AUGAACGAUCAAGAAUUGGAAUCCCCAGAAAAAGUGCUCAACUUAUUAACUGACCGGAUGAUAAAUCUGAAUGGACCAACAUUCCGUAAAUUAAUCCGCAAUGAAUAUAGACAUGUUAGUGAUUUAUCGAAUUACUCAGAAAUAUCUGAAUAUAUCGAUUAUGGUUGUUCGGAUCACACAGCCUUCUUAUUUAAUAUAUGGAAGCCAGCAGUAAUACCAUCACCCGAAAUAUUACAAAACAGACCGAACAUAUAUUGCAAAUAUCUUAUAACUGCUGAAUCGUACCAGAAUUUAUUUGGAUAG